UCAGUGUUGAUUGCGGGUUUUUUGAGUGACGAUUAAAAAAAUGGCUCAAAAUUCGCAAGAUGAGCAAAAUACAAUUGCGCCGCCACAAAAUGUGACGUACGUUGCGACAUUGGAGUCGGGAGGACAGCAAAAUGCAGUGGUUUCACAUCGGCGGACAAUUUCGAUCGUUAGUCAGUCAACGUUGAGUGCCGAUGUGUUUCUUACGCCACAAAGUGUUCGUCACGAGGAUUUUGUGAAAAAAUCAUGGCUGGAGAAUGCUCAUAAGCGGAGUGCGAGUGCGUCGAGCUUUUUUAGUGUCGUUUCUGAAAAGGAAAAACAAAAAAGUGAAAUGACAAAUAUGGUUACCGUUAAUGGAUUUGCUAAUCCUGGAUAUCUCGAUGAACCGGAUUUCACAAAUAAAGGACAAAAUGGAACUUUGAAAUAUCCCGUUCGUGAGCAAUAUUGGACUUGCACAACACUCUCGUCACGAGAAAGGAUCUUCGUAGGUGUUAUCAUCGUCCUCACUUUAAUCGUAAUUACCCUGAUGACGAUCCUCCUGUACAAACACUUUUGCCCCGAUAAAGACAUUGAGAAAUAUUUGCCACCGUGGAUUCAAGGUCGCAGCACCGAUGAGCGAUAA